AUGGGUGCUCCUCCUACAGCAGAGCCCGAAUACCUGGGCGACGGCGGUGUUCAGGAGAAGCGAGUGUCCGUCGAGAUCAAUCUCAAGUCUGACGAAGAGGAUGAAGAAGAUGAGGCCAUCACCGACCUCUUCACCAGCUUCCCUGCGAUCAAGGGCGUCGAGCCCGAGCCCAACCCCUUGACAGUUCGAGCGGUGCUCACCGGAAUCGUUCUUGGCUCUCUGGUCAACGCCUCCAACGUCUAUCUGGGUCUCAAGACCGGUUUCACAUUUCCAGCAACCAUGUUUGGUGCAAUUUUCGGAUAUGGCUUCAUCCUCUUCCUCACCAAGAUCUUCCCUGGCAUCCCCGGUAUUGGAACUCGAUUCGGCCCUCAAGAAAACUCCAUCGUCCAGGCUUCUGCAACAGGUGCCGGUGGUAUGGCUGGUCUUUUUGUGGCUGGUCUGCCUGCUAUGUACCGUCUUAGCUUGCUGUCGGAGGACCCCAAGGAUGACUUCGGCCGUAUCCUCACCAUCACCCUCGUGUGUGCCUUCUUUGGCCUCUUUGCCGCGGUGCCACUCCGAAAGUUCUUCAUCAUCAAUGUGGCGCGUGAACUGAACUUGGUGUUCCCAUCACCUACAGCUACCGCCCUUGCGAUCCGAUCGAUGCACGCUGUCGGCAGUGGUGCAAACGAUGCCAUGCGCAAAGUCAAGGCACUGGGAUACGCCUUUUUGGGUGCCUUUACCCAUAUCGUUGUGUCUCAGUAUGCUGACGGCAUCUUGCACAACUGGCACAUCUUCACCUGGUUCUAUAUCUGGAGUGGAUACAAGAACGGAGCACUCAACAUCGAGAACUGGGGCUGGUACAUUCAGCUUACACCUGCUUUCUUCGGCUCCGGUAUUCUUGUCGGUCUCAACGCUGCUGUCUCCUGGUUCGGAGGUACUGUUCUUGCCUGGGGUUUGAUUGGACCUCUUCUCGUUCACUACGGUGAAUGUGUCGGCAAGCCCUACGGCGAAGGCAAGUGGGAAGGCCUUGUCAGCUUCGGAAGCAUGAGCGGUAUUGGUGCUCCUGGAUGGGUUCCCUCGCCCCGAUACUGGAUGUUGUGGCCUGGUGUCAUGGUUCUUAUUGUUUACAGUCUGGUUGAGUUCCUCAUCCACAUCCGUGUCGUUUGGGACGGCCUGAAAUAUGGUCUGCGUAGCUUGGCCGGCUCCGUCAAUGGCGUGCUACAAUCUCGCGGCAAGGGUAACGCUUUCUUGGAGAAGCAAGCGGCAAAGGCCAAUGAAGAGUCGUCUCUGAUGGAAGACUUUGCCCCUCCAGAGGACCAAGUUCCUGUCUGGGUGUGGUUGACUGGAGCAAUUACCUUUGUCGUUGUCGCCUGCAUUGUUUGCGAGCUGCAGUUCCACAUGAAUGCUGGCUUGGCUAUUCUUGCCUGUCUCCUGGGUCUCGUUUUCGCUUUUCUCAGUAUCUACGGAGGAGCCGUCACCGAUACCGCACCCCUUACUGCUUCUUCCAAGGCUUCUCAGCUGGUUUAUGGUGGUAUCACCAAGGGCCACUAUUCCGUUCCAGAUGCUCAGCGUAUCAACCUGAUUGCUGGUAACAUUGCGUCUGGUACCGCCGACGUCGCCACCAACUUGGUCAGCGAUUUCCGUGUCGGUUUCCUUCUCCGAACCCCACCUAAGUUGCAGUUCUACGCUCAGGCUACUGGUGCCUUGGUCUCCAUCUUCCUCGCCCCCGGUAUCUUUGUCCUUUUCAUGGCCGCUUAUCCUUGCAUCCGCGAUCAGACUAUUGAGGAGUGCCCCUUUUCUGCGCCAUCAGUCGUUGCUUGGCAGGCGGUUGCCCAGGCUGUGACCCUCCCCAAACUCCCUAUCCCAUUGUCCUCGGGAAUUUUCGCCAUUGUUUGCGGUGUUGUUUGUGCUAUCCAGGCCGUCGUCAAGAACUUCUACUUGGUCGGUUCGCGUGAGAAAUACCGCGAGUACCUCCCCAACUGGAUGUCAAUCGGUGUUGCCUGGGUCUUGGGUGUUGACAGUGGAUAUGCUAAUGCUAUCUUGUUCGGUAGUAUCACGGCUUGGUGGUGGAGGAAGUACUACGCGAAGAACUUUGACACCUACGCAUUCUCCGUUGCUGCCGGCCUCGUCGCCGGAGAGGGUCUUGCAGGUGUUGUCAAUGCUGCUUUGACAUUGGGAGGUGUCGAUGGAACGAAGAAGGGCACCAUGAUUGCUCUGCCUGGAGAGGACUGGUAA